AUGCAGCCUCCUCAGCAUCACUUCUCCCGUGUCGUCCUCGCCGCCCUGAUCUCCCUGGCGGCCGUCGGGACUCAAGCAGCGACACUCAGGGGAGAUGAAGACGUAUCAGAUCUUGCUGCAAGAUUUAGAUGGCGCGACCCCUACAACUGGCAGCUGGCUCUGGAGAGGGAUAUAGCCGUCCCUACCCUGCCAGAUGGCCACAAGAAGUUCCAGUUCUACGUCCUGGAUGAGAGCGGCCAGCUGGUCCAGGAAUGGCUCACGCUUCAGGAGAUUCAGGACCUCCUGAUUAAGGUUGGACCAAUCUUCAGGUUUGAGGGUGAGGCUUCCGGGCCUUCUACAGACAGCCCUGAAGACAGCAUUCACCAGGUCAUUGCGUCAGUGCAGCAGGUGAUCUCAGAGGAGUUCGCCCACACGCAGAGACUCCCCCUCGCCCCCCACCCUUCCCGCUCCCCCCCCGGGCCCUCCAACUCCUCCCACAACGACUCGUCCUUCCAGGCUAACGGGGACUCCAUCGACAUCCCGGAAGCCAUCCUUCACAAUCUCAUGAGUCAUCCUUACUUCACGACAUCUUGGCUGACCCCGCCAACGACACGACCCGAGGAGACGACGGCCAAUCCGUGGAUGCUUGGAGGGGAGGAUCUCAUCGAGGAGGUUGGGGAGGAGGUCGUUGAGGAGGUGACCGAGGCUCUGGAGGCCAGCGAAGGAUUCACGGAAGCCGCAACCUCUACGGGUUCUGAGGGAAUGGGCGGUCAGGACGAAGGAGUUACAGCGAGUGCGACUACAGAGGCGGCGGUGGACGAAUCCGUCGUUACGGAAAGGGCGAGUGCUGAGGUCGUCAUUCCGGAGGAUGCUGAUCUCAAGGCCUCCAGUGACUCGGGUGAGGCCCAAGGCGACUCGCAAACCACAGAGUCGACCGGCAUUGACGAAACAACAACGGAAGGAAUCCCAGCACGAGCUUCCGAUUCCACGACCUCCGCCUCGGAGACGACCACUCCCCAGCCAACGCAGAGGCCCCUCCUCGACCGCUGGAAUUCUCGCUUCCCCGCCUGGACCGCCUUCCCCGGCCGCGAUUCCCCGACAACCAUUGCCAUUCCCAGCAACGACCUGGAGCCUGCGGACGACUACAACUCCAGCCCGGUCGGCCUUUCGGGAAUCGAGAGCCCUGUGAACGAUGAUGUCGGUGUUGAGGUCGGAUUCACGACUUGGAAUUAUCCAGGAAAACACAAUGAGGCAAUGGACGAAAUGCCUACGACCGCAGGCGCCGAUAAGCUUCUAGAAGAUUCUGCAACAAUGCAACCAGAAAACAGCAAUCAAGAAAGACCGAUACAGGACAUCCUCUUGCUCCCUGACAACGAUAAUUCACUUCCUCGAUUUACCACAACAAGCGCUAUGGGUUCAUCUGAAGUCGCAACCAUCAAUGACGUCAUAAUCAUACCUACCACAGAGUCCAGUGUGAAUGAAACUGCCGGGACAGUGAUGGCAGAAAACAGUACUUCUGAGGUUGAUGUUGAAUCCUAUUCGGUGACAACUCUGUCCCCAACGACCACGGCGCCUGAUAAAUCCCAGGACAUGACGUCAGUACCUGAAAUCCCUGUUGGCAAUCUACAGAUGGAAAAAGAUGGUACUACUGAAUAUUACCCAUGGUCAACGGAUAAUAUCAAUCAAUACUUCCCGUUGAUGAGUGACCCACUGCUCUCAGAUGAAGCUAUGACGUUGCUUGACAUCUUCCAGUUUCAGGGUGAUGCAUCUGGCCACCUUGGAGACGCGCCGCACUAUGACUUCCCAGUAUAUAAUGACAAUCCUUCUCAGAGCUCUGAAGAACUCACAACUGAAAGUGAUGUAACCAUGGCGAGUAUGGAUGAGCAACACUCAGCCACGGAAUACUCCAUUAUUCAGGAUCUUACCACUGAUGUUUCUCAAGAUACGUCGCUACAGAAGGCUCCCAUCGAUUUAUCAGGACAGAAUAUGUCCAAUCAGAACUCCGGUGUGGAGAACCUGGAAACCGCAAGUCAGACCACCCAGUACCCCAUAACAGAUGGCCCUUCAACUCAGUACCCAGAUACCCAAGCCCCAAGUACCGAGGCCCCAGUCAGUCAGUCUCCCACCACCAAAGACGACUCGAGUCAGGACCUCGCAAACCAAGCAUCCAGCAUCCCGCCGUCGACAGUCAGUGCACUCCUCCAGGAAGUGACGAGCCAGCCACCUCUCGUUCAGGACACCACGACGGAACAGCCUAGUUCUCAGGAAAUGACUGAACAAUCCCAAGAUCCCCAAACGACAACCACUCAGGCUCCACCCCCUCUUUACUCCGCUACAAUCCCGGCCUCCUCAAGUCCCGCAUCAACCCCCGAGGAACCCGACCUUCCUGAACCGAAUACGAGAAAACCCACAACCGCCUCCCAAGAACCGACGGAGAACCCGACCGAGGAUCCCUCACCAACGACCCCAACGACGCUCCCAAAUCUUCCAUCCACGGAUCCCUCGACGUCGACGCAAGGCACGAAACGACCGGAGAUUCUUCCUUUAUACGAUUAUUACUACAACGACAACUUCGGCAGCUCUAACGUCCUGCCUCCUGCCCCGGCGCACAACGAGGAGAGGAUAGACCUGGGGGCGCUGGAGAGGACCGGCGAUCAGACAGAGGACUACUACUACGAAGACUAUUAUCCGUCUGUCGUCUACCUGGACGACGUUAAAGAGGAUUACUACGACUACACCAACACGUCCCAAUCCGCCCCAGUGCUGAAUGGCACCGACCUCGACUUCCCGGGACCGAACGCCACGAGUCCCUACCAUGAUCACCAUCAUGGGGAGCACCAUGGAGAUCACCACGGAUCUCAUCACCAUCCGCAGAGCCAAUCGGGACCGCCGGCGAAGCUACUGGAAGCUCCGCCGAAUAACCCUGGUCUCGAAGCUUCGGUCGAAGGACUCGAUCCGGACGUCAGGAAGUUCGUGGAUGUGAUGAAUGACGUUGUUUUCAAGGUGUACAAAAAAGCUGCCAGACAAUACAAGCGGAAGAACUUCGUCAUGUCCCCCUUGAGUCUAAUCUCCACCUUGAGCAUGCUCCUCCUUGGGGCCCGAGGAACAUCUGCAGCGGCCCUGAGCGACCUCCUCCUCACGGAUCAGUUCUACACAUUCAAUCCUCACCUCAUACUCAAGAACGUGACUCAAGUCCUACUCGACAAUGAGGGCGCUCAUGACGUGGUGUUCCUCAAUCAGUUCCUCGUGGAGAAGCCCAAGAACCCUUAUUCCCUCGACUUCUUCGCCCGCGCCAUCAAGUUCUUCUACGACGCCAGCGUGAGCCAAGUCACGCCCCCCGAGUUCGACUCCCACGUGCGCGACCGAGUCAACGAAUUGGUGAGGAACGUUACCUUCGGCGCCGUCGGGGAUUUCCUCCUUCAGGACGAGCCUCUUUACCUGACUCCGCCCCUCAGCGCCGUCUCGACCAAUUUCUUCCAUGGCCGCUGGAGUUUGCCGGUGACCCAGGAUGACCUCUUCGACAUGGACUUCCUGCAGUUCCCGACGGCGGAGAGACGACUGGUGAGGACUGUCGGGCUGUCGAAGAAGAUGACCAUUAAUGCUGGUUAUUCUAGUGCUGCUGACGUCACCACUGCUGAGAUUCCGUUUUACUCUCGUCUGGGUGAGCUGUCCCUCAUCGUCGUCAUGCCUGGGAAACAGAAGGACUUUGUUGCUAACGGACUGGCACAGCUGGAGGCAUCCCUGUCACCUUCGAAGUGGAGUCAGGUUCUGAGAUCGAUGCUGCCCAACACAGUCCAGUUCCAGAUGCCUGUUUUCAGACACAGGGCCUUCCAUAACUUCUCAGACAUCCUCCAGGACGUAGGCUUGAGGGAGCUCUUCCAGGCUGACAAGGCGGACUUCUCGGGGAUCAACAACGUGAAGGGCCUCCGCCUGAGCGACGUCGUGCAGCUCACGGAAUUCCAGUCGUGUCAGAUCGAGGAGCCCCCCCAGGACGGAUCCACCUCCUCCAGAAGGGCCCGCAGGACGGCUCAAGGAGGCGACAUCGACGAAACAGGCCCGACGGCUUACUACAGGCAGACAUACAUUUACGGCCUACCUAUGUUCGAUUACAAGCGGGGGGGGAGGGACGAGGAGGAGGAGGAGGUGGAGGAAGAGCAGGAUCUCGACAUGGGAUAUGCCUCCGUCGAGUCCUUCCAGACAGCCAAGUCGUCGCAGUCGCCCUUCGUGGCCUCGCUGAGGACCGAGACGCCUCCUCCUCCCCCGGACCUCACUUCCUCGAAGACCGAGGGGAACGACGACGGCUUCCCAGGACUUCAGGCGGAGUCUCUUCUGCGCGAGGACCUGCUGGACUACUACGGGCCCCUCCCCUCUGCCUUCGACGAGAACCGCGUCAACCGCAUGGGCAUACCGACAGGACGCAAGCCUUCCACGGGAGGGACGCACUACAGACAGGACGACACGGGGACGCUGGCCUUCGACCGCGCCUUCCUCUACGUCGUCAGACACAACCCGACGGGCUUAUUGCUCUUCAUGGGGCGCUACCUCGACCCAGCCGCCAACUAACCCCUCGACUUCCCUUUAGUUUUUAAGAUAUGUUCCAUUUCCUGCGUGGCAUUUUAGCGUUAAAGUAUUUAAACUUUCUUUUGUAUAGUUUGUAUUCUAGGUAGUGACUAAUUUCCCUGUUCUUUUUUUUUUUUUUUUUUUUGAACUCACGUGUGAUAUAGUGAAAGUGAUAAUUUCUUCCCAGUAGGUUAUUCUCUAAGUAAUCUUACCAGUACCAACGAACAAUAAUGAAAACGCAAUUAUUACAAAAUUGUACCUGAAAUAUUUAUCACCUGGAGGAAAAAUGGACGUUAAAAGUGAAAAGCGUUUAUGGUAUUGGCAACAAACUGCACUGUAUUUUUAUUUCGUUUUGUUUCUGUGUUUUUUUAUACUGCUUUGAUGUACGAUGAAAGAUUUUCAGAUUCGGCAGAAAAGGUCGAAUAUACCCCUAGCAUUACGUUAUAUGCAUAUGUUAGUUUCAAUUUUUGUUAUUGUUAAUGAAGACCUUGAAACUGCUGAUUUUUUUAUACUUGUAAGAGGUGUACAUAGGACAUGACGUGUUAUUACAUAAAUAAAAACAAUAAUCCA